AUGAGCUCGUCCGCCGCCGCCUCCUCGCUGCCGCCGGACCUGUUCGACACCACGACGCUGGUGUCGCUGGCCGCCGCCGCCAGCAUCGUCCUCGUCGCCUACGCCGUCUCGCGGCGGGCCCUUCCCACCGGUACUGGGACGCCGGCCUCGCUGCGCUUCCUCUUCAUCUGGCACCUGGCCGACGCGCUGUGCCACUUUGUGCUCGAGGGCAGCUUCCUGUACCACUGCUUCUUCUCGUAUGUCGAGGCGGACGCGGCGGCGGCGGGGCUCGUGGCGUCGCCGCACAACUUUCUCGGGCACGGCGCGACGCGCGUCUACGGGCCGCAGGCAGGCGGCAGCAACCCGUUUGCGCAGCUCUGGAUGGUGUACGCGCGCGCGGACAGGCGCUGGGGCGGCGCGGACCUCGGCGUCAUCAGCCUGGAGCUGCUGACCGUCUUCUUUGACGGGCCGGUCGCGCUGUACGUUGCGUGGCUGAUUGCCAAGAGGGACCCCAAGGCGAGCUUCUGGAUGAUUGUGCUGGCGACGUGCGAGCUGUACGGUGGCUUCAUGACAUUCUGCCCUGAGUGGCUUAUCGGCAAUCUGAACCUGGAUGGUAGCAACUUCAUGUACAUGUGGGUGUACCUCGUCUUCUUCAACAUGCUGUGGGUUUUCAUCCCGCUGUAUGCGAUGUGGUACUCGUACAAUGACAUCUCCCACGCCUUUGCCGUUCGGGCAUCGAAGAAAGGCCAGUAG